UAAUAUAUUGGCGUUGCCAGAAUACCGAUAAAUAAUCAUUCGAUAGAAUUUCCCAACUAUCGAGCAAAAUCAUGCAAAACUGGUUUAAAUUAGUGCCCGUGGCUCUAAAAUGCCAACAGCGUGGCAUCAGCACUUCUCUUCCUUUGAGCGGCAAGCGUAAUUUCCGUAAAUUCAAUGUGUACAGCAAACGAGGUACCCGCGUGGUCAAGGAGGCCCAACGGACUCAACAAAAUCCGCCAGUGCCGAUACAUAAGCGUGGUGUUCGUGACACUGGCAUGAUAGUCAAUGGACAAUUUGUCGAAAUACAGGAAAAGAUACCUGAGAUUAUUGUGCCGGAUCUAACAGGAUGCAAACUGAAGCCCUAUGUCUCCUACAAGGCGCCCGAUGUCGUUCAAUCUGAGUUCACCAGCCUGGAUUUGUUCAAUGCGGUAUAUUCACGAAAAAUUAUUGAUGAUUUUAAAGCGGACAAGCUUCAGAGCGAUGGCCAGGCACUGGAGCCUUCAGAAAAUGAGAGACUGCAGCCGGAAGAAGCUUUAAUAAGGGCCAGAAAAACGGGCAGUGAUAUAUUCUAGAUUUAAGAUUUUGUUUUUAUUGUUUAAAAUAUAUUACGAAAAAUCGGAAAA